UUGAAAACAUAUACAACUGAUUUCACCGCCAAACGUUUUUUAACACCGAAUCUCAAGACGUUGGUGCCGCAUUCAUGAAUCAAACAUGAAUCUGAUCGAUACUCUUAACGGAGGAUUCGUAGCCUACCGGAACACACAAUUACAACCAACAUCACGACAGCAACCACCAGUUUCGUCUCCGUCAAAAUCAUCUUUUGAUGAAGAAGAAGCUCCUAAUUGUUUUCGUAUGGAAAAGGAUAUUUACAAAAACGACGAAUACUUAAAUUUGAAUUGGGAAGAUGUUUUAUCAACAGAUGUUGCUCGCGAUUUGCGCACUAGCGAUGAGUAUAUUAACUACAUGAAUCUCAAUAUAAUAUCGUUAAAAACUGCAAGCGGUGUUGAUAUAUUCAUACCAAACACCGAAAGCAACGCCAAACGAGAAGUUUUUGGAAUAGGAGCCGCUUCCGCGUCGAGAGAAAGGGAAAAUUUUAACGAAAACAAACUCGAUCCGCGACAAAAAGUGAUUUUCGAUCGCGUCAUUUCGGACAUGAACAAUUACGAUAAUAAAAACAAAAAUGGAAAAAUUUUACUAAUACAAGCGGCACCGGGUACGGGCAAGAGUUAUACGUUGAAAACGAUAUCGCACACGCUGAUGCGCGAUGGUGAAAAUUUACCGCACGUUAUAAUUUUUAAAAAUUCUCUGAUAUCGUCUUAUAAAUAUUGUGCGGCCGGACUUACGUGCGCUCAGUUUUUUAUGUAUUCGUUGAAUUUGAAGUUUCGCCAAUACGCGUCUUUGGACAAGAUCACAAAUAGAAUGAACAGCGUCGAGUGCGUUAUAAACAAUAUAUUACAAAUUGUGAGAAUUUUCAAAACACAUAGAGAUCAAAAGAUGAAUCUUGUUGGGAAUAUAUUGAUGUUUGACGAGUACACGGUCAUGAACAAAUUAUUACUGUACGCGACUCUGUUGUGCGGCAAAUUGCAUAAGUUAAAUAUGAUUUUUUGCGGCGAUCGCGACCAAUUGGGUUGUAUACUGACAUCCAAACAUUCUAAAAAUACAUCGUCUUACGAUAUAAUAAAGUCAUUUUCCAAUUACAAUUAUACGCUCAACAAACAAAUGAGAUGCGUCGAUGACGAUUUUAAUAAAAAAAUAGCUCUUGUCGGUGGUAUGUCUACUGACGAAUCACUCGGUCACCGAGGAAACGCAAUAACAGCCGCCAUUUUUAUAAACAAUUUGACAAAACCCAAUCAUUUGAACGAUACGCUUAUAAUGAGAAAUCACAAAACGCUCUCUCAUUACACGUACAUUAACGUAUUGAAAUAUAAUCUGCCCACAUCGCAUUGGUUGAUAGAGGGUCGUCGAGGCGAAGUACAAGGCGUCGAAGUCGAUGAAAAUCGUUAUAUGCCGAAACCCACGUAUAUGUAUCUCACGGCCCUGUACAGAUCCAACAAUCGAAACAAUCAGUCUGCGGACGAUUUGAAAAUCACCGAAGCCAUGUUCGCGGAAAAUGUUCCCGGUAAAUAUUUACCGUUUUUAGUUUUAAUAUCCGAAGCCAUAUAUUAUUAUAAAAUAAUAAAUGAUUCUA